AAUACAAUACAACUUCAUGGAGCUACCCCAUGCUUGGCAUUCAUGUUAUAAAGAUAUAAUUGUAGCUACAUAUUAAGCUCAUUACAGAUUAGCUUUGAACACGGUUUUGUAGCACAUCAACUCCGCCCCAUCUGUUACGGUAAAACAAUUGUCGCUCCCGGCUUUCGUAGAAUAGUCACCUUUCCUGAACUUGCAAGUAGGCGCAUCGACGUUGUCGUCAUGUAAUGUUUUUCUGAACAAGUUAAACAUUAACUUUUCAACAUGGUGGACGUUCGGAACGUUGUAUUCAGACUGGCGGUGUUCUGUGUGUGUGUUGCCGCGUGUAACGUCAGCGCUCACCCCACAAAAUACCCGGACGUGAACUUGGACGUGUACCGAGCCAAGGGCACCCCUCCCCCCUUCCUGUCGUACCACAUCCACUGCAUGUUUAUAGCAUAUAACAACGACAGUAUCGCCGCCGCAUUGAAGCUGAUGGACAGGUUCAUUCAACACUUUAACCUGACCAACACCAAGCCGUGUGAGGGGCUGUUUCACCAGGGUAGACUCUGUGUGUUUGAUGUUGACUACACCAACACUGGGCCCACAGAUCCCUUCGUGUCUGCAAACUGGGCAGUCUUUGUCCCACUGGAAUGGUACGCAAAAACGGUGCCCUGGGUGAUGCAGAACCGAGGUGACCAGGACAUCCUGGUACAUCCCAACUCAGGGGCGGAGGUCAGCGACCACACACGCUGGGCGCUCUGGAUGGGUGACAAGUGGCCCCUCAAUUCUGCUUGCUUCACCAACCAGACUGUGUUCUAGGGUCACAGCCUUCUGUCUUUUAAUACACACUGUCAUAGGACAACAGCCACUACAGGACAAUGAGCAGAUCAAAAUGGAAAUAUUUUUGUGUCUGUCUGAUAGAUCGUCAGGAGAGUUAAAGAGCACUGUAAAAAGAGUAUCACAAAAAGAGCAUUAUUUUGUACAAUGAAUUAUUAAAAUGGCUAUAUGUGUGUCUGAUAGACUGUGUGUCAGGAGAGCAAGGGCAUUGUAAAAAGGGCAUUGCAAAUUUGUUUCAAGCCAUUAAUUUUAAACUGUACUAAGUUUGUAAAGUCAGACAAAAGGAUUUGUUAACCAUAAUGCAUGUAACUGCUAUGAAGUGGCUUUGUUCUUAAAAUGUUUGCUAAGGUUUUACUGUGUCCAUUGCUUUAAUUGCUAUACUACAGAAUAGAUACAUGUGCAGGUUUAUACUUUAGCACAGUUACUGUAAUGUCCAUCAUAGACUUCUUCACAUUUGGUUUCAGUUCCAUCAGUCGACCACUACGUCUCACGAUGUCUUAUGCAAACAGGAAAGUUUGUCAUGAUUUUAUUCGUGAUUAGUUUUUAUGAUGUUCUUUAAGAAUGUAUACAUGGAUAGACAUGCUGAAAGUAGAGUCUUGAACUUGCAGUUUUUAAUGUUUAACCUUCUUGAGGUUUCUGCAGGGUUUUAUGCACUUAAACUACAGGUAUUUAUUUUCAGUUUUCAUGAACUUGCAAAUAGAUAAAUGAGCAGACAUGUACAA